AAGAGCGGAUGGAUCCGUGUGAUCUCAAAACCUAACCUAAAAGUGGCCGUAUUUUAUAUAUCUAUCGGAAACCAAACAAACAAAACAAACCAACCCCACUGCAAGCAAACACUCGAAACUCACUCACCACCACCACUACACUCAUCAUCAAACAAUCACUCAAUCGUCUUCUCCACUCACCGAUCGAUCAUCUUCCGAUGAACAACAGCAACUACAACAACAACAAUCGCCGCUAUCCUCCCGGUGGCACCGGCAACGGUCGCGGCGGUGGUAGUUUUCACCCAAACCCUAAUUACUACAAUCAACCGCGAAACCCUAACCAAUUUCACCAGCAGCAGCGUCAACAACCACCACAGUCCGGACAACAACAACAACAACAACACAAUCAGCAGCAGCAGCAGUGGUUGCGACGGAACCCUAAUCCUGUUGGUUCUUCUUCUGCUAAUGAAAUUGACAAGUCCGUACAGUUAGAUGCCGGUGUUGAUCCAAGCUCUCAAGACUGGAAGGCACAACUGAACAUACCUGCAGCAGAUACCCGUUACAGGACUGAGGAUGUCACUGCUACGAAAGGAAAUGAAUUCGAGGAUUACUUCCUAAAAAGGGAGCUACUUAUGGGGAUCUAUGAAAAAGGUUUUGAAAAACCGUCACCUAUACAAGAAGAAAGUAUCCCUAUUGCAUUGACCGGAAGUGAUAUUCUCGCAAGAGCCAAAAAUGGAACUGGAAAGACAGCAGCUUUUUGUAUCCCGGCUCUCGAAAAGAUCGAUACAGAUAAAAACAAAAUUCAAGUUGUUAUAUUGGUUCCAACGAGAGAAUUAGCUUUACAAACGUCACAAGUUUGCAAGGAACUUGGAAAACACUUACAAAUUGAAGUAAUGGUCACUACUGGAGGAACAAGUUUAAAAGACGAUAUAAUGCGCUUAUAUCAACCUGUCCAUUUACUUGUCGGUACCCCUGGAAGAAUUCUCGAUCUUUCCAAAAAGGGAAUAUGCAAAUUGUCUGAUUGUGGAAUGUUAGUCAUGGAUGAGGCUGAUAAACUGUUAUCUCCAGAGUUUCAACCGUCAGUGGAAGAGUUAAUCGGAUUUCUACCUAAACAGAGACAAAUUCUGCUGUUUUCAGCCACGUUUCCGGUUACAGUCAAAGAUUUUAAAGACAGAUACCUGAAAAAACCUUAUGUUGUUAAUUUAAUGGAUGAACUUACUCUUAAAGGUAUCACACAGUUUUACGCUUUUGUAGAAGAAAGGCAGAAGGUUCACUGCCUCAAUACGCUUUUCUCUAAGCUGCAAAUCAACCAAUCGAUUAUCUUUUGCAACUCGGUCAAUCGGGUCGAGCUAUUAGCGAAGAAAAUUACCGAGCUUGGUUACUCUUGCUUUUAUAUUCAUGCUAAAAUGUUGCAAGAUCACCGGAAUAGGGUUUUUCACGACUUUCGCAAUGGUGCUUGCAGGAAUCUUGUUUGUACUGAUCUAUUUACAAGGGGUAUAGAUAUUCAAGCGGUAAACGUUGUGAUCAAUUUUGAUUUUCCGAAGAAUGCCGAAACAUAUCUGCACAGGGUGGGUCGUUCUGGAAGGUUUGGACAUUUGGGGUUAGCUGUGAAUUUGAUAACAUAUGAAGACCGCUUUAAUUUAUAUAGGAUCGAGCAGGAGCUUGGAACGGAAAUAAAACAAAUUCCUCCGCAAAUCGAUCAAGCCAUUUAUUGUCGUUGACCCAUGAAUAUUGUUCGAUUUUGGGUCGGCUUUUUAUUAUUAUCGAGUCUAAGAGAUCCUUUCCAUAGUACGCUUCGUACAUGUAAACUUGUUUGCGUGUUUCAACCCCGAAAUCAUUAUGGAGAAAGAAGUAAGCUGCUAACAAGCAAUGGGCUGAGGAAUUAUGGGAUUGAAGAUAUGUAGUUUCUUUCCUGUUGCUCUGUUUCCCUGUUAAGUUAGAAUCUGUUAUAUACUAGAUUGGUAUUUAGUUGUAGUGACCAUCUUGUAGUUUCUUUUUGCAUGUUUCAGAAAACCAAAAAAAAAAAAAAAAAAAAAAAAAAACAGAAAAAAACAAAGAACGGUGGUUAAGUAGGAUAGGGAGAGAAAAAAAGAAAAAAAAUAUUUGAACUAUGUUUUUUAGAUUUGUUAUGUUGGUUUAUCAAUUUGAGUUUUUUA